AUGGAUCGGGAGCUUGCGACUGGCCCACAACACAAAUCUUUAGGGGUUGGCCGCGUCUCAGACGAGAAAAAGGAUGCUCACCAAGUGACUAUGGGUCCAGGGGAUGUGGAGAUCGCCCUGGCGGAACAACAGGUGAAGACAUAUUACAGCAAGCUCUCAGUUUGGUUGAUGGUUUUAUUUUCUGGUCUGGCGAUAGGCUCUGAUGGAUACAAUGCUGCGGUCAUCGGCAAUGUUGAAUUGCUCCUGGCGAUUCUGUAUCCUGAUGCCCUGACCACGUCAAUCUACCAGCGCCUCAGUAAUGCUUUCCUGAUCGGGAUGAUCGUUGGGAUGUUGCUGUUUGGUGUUGUGGUGGACCAACUAGGUCGGAAGACUGGCGCUGUGGCCACGACGAUCCUCCUGGUUCUUGGAAUUGUCUUGUCUGCGGCAGCGAACGGUACGGACCCAACCGGGCUGUUCUGGAUGAUGAUCAUCGCCAGAGGCAUCGCCGGAGUGGGAGCAGGAGGCGAAUACCCGGUUUCUGGCGCCGGUGCUGCAGAGGCCACCGAUGAAAACGGCACUAUGCGAAAGCGUCGAGGCUUCAUGUUUGCAAUGCUCGCUGAUCUGUCUGCCUCUCUUGGGUAUGUUUGGGGUGGACUGGUCCCGCUGUUGCUACUUUUAUGCGUAGGCCAGAAGGAAGAACACUACGACAUCGUCUGGAGGACUUCGUUCGCACUUGGCCUCGUGCCUCCCGUUGUGAUAUUUUGGUUCCGUAUGCGCAUGGCCGUUUCUACGGCAUACCGCAAGUCGUCGAUGCGCAAGCAGCGUACCCCGUACUUGCUCGCCUUCAAACGAUACUGGCGACCGUUCAUUGGAGGCGCUGCAACGUGGUUUCUUUACAACUGGAUCUCGAUUCCGUUUGGCAUCUUCAGCUCCACCAUUAUAUCAAGAACCAAUGCUGGAGAUAGUCUGAUAAAGAAUUUGGGAUGGGGUGUUGUUAUCAACUGCUUCUACCUGCCAGGCCCUUUUCUGGGCGGCUAUCUGUCCGACAAGAUCGGACGCCGCAAGACAAUGGCACUGGGAUUUACUUUACAAGCGAUUCUAGGCUUCGUCCUCGGAGGCGCCAUUUGGCCUAUCCAGCAAAAUUUCGCUCUCUUCGUUGUAUUAUAUGGCGUCUUCCUCACGCUGGGUGAAGUAGGACCAGGUAGCACCGUGGUUCUUGUGGCCUCUGAGUGCUUCCCUACCUCGAUACGAGGACAAAUGAUGGGUCUCAUUUCUGCUUUCUCCAAGGCCGGGGCUGCUAUUGGAACUCAGGUCUUCACGGCGAUACUGAAGGCCUACACCAAUGACUCCGCAAAAGGUGAUCAGGUGGCAUUUCUCAUUGGCUCUGGCUUUGCUGUUCUCGGCGCCUUAAUCGCUUUCUUUGUGGUGCCUGAAGUCUCCCGACAGCUUGACGAUGACGACGCAGCUUGGAAAAUCUACCUUGCGGAUCACGGGUGGAUUGCUGAUUGGGGCGACAACGUUACAAAAGAUCCGGCCGGUGUCAUUAUGGAUCAGCGUAGCUCAUAG